AUGGAAAAACUAAAAAUUGAAUUAGAACGUGAGACUGCAGAGAAGAAUGAGGCAUUUAAAAGAAUACAAGAGCUUGACAGCAAAGUUAACAGUGCUGCCAUUCUUCUUGAAGCUCACAAAAAAGUCUUGGAAAAACUUAAAGAGAUCGUCGAAAAAUCUGGUGGGAAGAUUCCUGAAGACUGUAAUGUUGAGCAUUUUGUCAAGAAUAGUACAAGUGCCCCACCGGAAAUUCCUAAUCUUGAAGCACAUGCUGGUCCGUCUCCCCCUUCUCCGUUAGCUGGAUUACUUACUCCUGGAGUACCAACACCUCCUAGCGGACCAUCACUACCACCACCUUUAUCAGGAAUGCCACCAUCACCUCCACCUUUCGGGGGUGCAAUACCAGGUCCACUACCUCCCCCAGGUGCCCCUGGCCUACCAGGCGCAUUACAGGGAAAGGGAAAGAGAAAUGUACCAAAGCCUUCGCAACCUUUGAAAUCAUUUAACUGGUCAAAACUGCCUGAUGUAAGUGAAGUGUUAUGUUAG